AUGCUCCUCACACGGCUGCCCCGCGCCGUCGCAUCGCGCGCCGCCAUCACCACGUUCCCCCGGGUCACCCGGGUGACUGUGGCGCGCACCGCCGUCCUCCCCCGCCGGUUCCAGAGCACAACGCCGACCGAACCCCUCACCGUCCUCGGUAAGACGUACCCGCGUGACGAGUGGACCAACGCCACGCCGACCAUCCUGUCCAAGGUCGGCCGUAACCUCCACCUCCAGGAGGGCCACCCCCUGUCCACGCUGCGCGGCAUCAUCGAGAACCACUUUGAGGGCUACCAGUCUGUCCGGACCGAGUCGCCGAUCGUGACGGUCCAUCAGAACUUUGACGAGCUCGGAUUCCCCAAGGACCACCCCGGUCGGUCCAAGACGGACAGCUACUACGUCAACGCGGAACACAUGCUGCGCACGCACACGUCGGCCCACGAGGUCGAGUCGUACCGAUCCGACAAGAACGCGUUCCUCAUCGCCGCCGACGUGUACCGCCGCGACGAGAUCGACAGCAGCCACUACCCCGUCUUCCACCAGAUGGAGGGCAUGCGUAUCUGGGACCAGGGCGACCUGAGCGAGCUCAAGGCCGAGAACGCACGCCUUGCAGCCGAGCUGGCAAAGUCGCCGCUCCAGGUCGAGGACGACACGGUCGUCGGCCCGUCCAACCCUUACCAGGCCAAGCACGACCCCGAGCACGCGGCCGAGAUUACGCAGAACCUCAAGCACCGGCUCAACGGUCUCAUUCUCAAGCUGUUCGGCCACGUCGCCGCGGCCAAGGGCGAGCCACUGCGUAUCCGCUGGAUCGAGGCCACGUUCCCUUGGACAUCGCCGAGCUUCGAGGUCGAGGUGUGGUUCAACGACGACUGGCUCGAGAUCCUCGGCUGCGGCGUGGUGAUGCAGCAGACGCUCGAGACGUCGGGCAUGGGACACAAGGCCGGGUGGGCGUUUGGCCUCGGCCUCGAGCGCAUCGCCAUGGUGCUCUUCGACAUCCAGGACAUCCGUCUCUUCUGGUCCACCGACUCGCGCUUCCUCAACCAGUUUGAGCAGGGCAGGAUCAACACAUUCAAGCCGUACUCCAAGUACCCGCCCGUCAACCGCGACAUGAGCUUCUGGCUGCCCGAUGCCGCUGUCGAGGGCCGCGAGCCAUGGCACGAGAACGACUACUGCGAGAUUGUGCGCAAUGUGGCUGGAGAUCUCGUCGAGAAUGUGUCGCUUAUCGACGACUUCACCCACCCCAAAACCGGUCGCAGGAGUCUGGCCUACCGGAUCAACUACCGUAGCAUGGACAGGUCGCUGCGCAACGAGGACGUCAACGAGCUUCAGGCCGAGGUGGAGAAGCAGGUUGUCGAGGCGCUGGGCAUUGAGAUGAAGUAA